GAGUGGGGGUGUGGGUGGGGUAAACGCUAGUGGGGAGAAGAUGUCCAGAGCUGCAGCUGCCAGACUCCAGCAGACCCAGCCCCACCCACCACCCCACCAUGGCCCAGGGUCUGAGAUGCCGUGCUGCAGCUCAGGGUUAUAUCUCUCCUUCCAGACAUUCAUCUUCACCGACGGGGAGGACGAAGUGCUGGCCAGGCACACGGGCAACGUGGUCAACACCAACUGCUCAGCUGCCCACAGCCGCCAGGCGCUGUCCUGCAAGAUGGCUGUGGAGUAUGACCAUUUCAUUGAGUCCGGGAGGAAAUGGUUCUGCCAUGUGGAUGAUGACAACUACGUCAACCUGCGGGCCCUGCUGCGGCUGCUGGCCAGCUACCCACACACCCAGGACAUCUACAUCGGCAAGCCCAGCCUGGACCGACCCAUCCAGGCCACUGAGCGUGUCAGUGAGAACAGGGUGCGUCCUGUCCACUUCUGGUUUGCCACUGGUGGGGCUGGCUUCUGCAUCAGCCGAGGGCUGGCGCUAAAGAUGAGUCCAUGGGCCAGUGGUGGCCACUUCAUGAGCACUGCGGAGCGCAUCCGACUGCCAGAUGACUGCACCGUAGGCUACAUUGUGGAAGCUCUGCUGGGCGUACCCCUCAUCCGCAGUGGCCUCUUCCACUCACACCUGGAGAACCUGCAGCAGGUGCCUGCCUCCAAGCUCCACGAGCAGGUGACCCUGAGCUAUGGUAUGUUUGAGAACAAGCGGAACGUGGUCCAUGUGAAGAGCCCCUUCUCAGUGGAGGCUGACCCGUCCAGGUAUUCACAGGCCCCUCGCUCUGGAGUUUCAAGUCCGAGUUCCUGGCUCCUGCAGUUCUUGUCACAUCCAUCCUUGGAGACGUUGGUGUAGCUGCUCUCCUGUCCUUGCCCACGCCGCCCACCACAGCCUCCACUGUCCAGCCUUCCCACAUGUAUCCUGACCUUAUGAUUCUUCCAUUCCCAUGGGCCCCUCCAGGGUUUGUUCUCAGCUGGCUGUACUCUCACCAUCAGGCAUUGCAGACUUGAUCUCAUCUGCAUCUUCCGUGGCUGCUUGUCUCCUGUGGGCCAGGCCUGCACUUGGGACUUGGCCAUGUGAGGCUGGCCACCUGCUCUAGGGGCUGCAUGUGGCUGAAGAAAAGUGGCCUCCACCCCAGGCUAGUCUCACUUUGCUCCAGACUCGGACCUCAGGAAGCCCUCAACCUCAGUGCCCCCCAACCCCUCUCCUGCAAGCCCACCCUUCCCCAGCCUGUCUCUAACCACCUUGCUUCCUAUUUCACUGGAGCCUGCUAACUCACCCCAGGGUUGGCCCCAUGUGUCUGCAGCCAGUCCUUCCUGGACCGCAGCUCCCAGUCCUCCUUGGCUGCUUAGGAAGUCCAAGUCAAGCUUAGUGGCAGACAACUGUAAUCUCAGUAGAUGAGGUAGAAGGAUUGAAAGUUUUUAGCCCAGCCUGGGCAAUUUAGCAAGACCUUGAGUCAAAAGUUGAAGGUGGGGAAAAAGUUGGGGAUGGGUUGGGGAUGUAGCUUAGUGUAAAGGCCCCAAGUUCAAACCCCAGUGCUGGAAAGAAAAACCAUCUACCCAAAUACGUUUCCCCUGUUUCCCACAGUCACUUUCUUUUCUGUGCUGGGGGCCCCAUUAGCCCUACCACUGUGCUGUCAUUUCCCACUUAAUACACACACACCAAGCACCGCUCUGUCCGCGCUUUGCGAACAGCUUCACACUUUUUUCCUUUUAGCUCACCUCCUCAAAUGGCUGGUUGGUUCUGUCCUCCAGCUGCUCCUCUCCUGAACUGCUGCUACCCAGCACCCUCUGGCUUCAUCCGCUGGGUCUGGUUGGAUGGCUCGACAUCCGGGUCACUGAACCUGCCAUCUCUGACCAUCAGUCCAUCACUGAUCAUCGGUCCCAUGUGAUGUGCUGCUUUAUCGCCCUUGAUGGACUGUCAUCAUGUGGUGUCCAUGACACCUGCACCCCUGCGCUUCCUCCAGAUUCCAUGGGCGCUCUUCCCUGAGCCCCCACCUCUGCACUGUCCAUGUCAAAAAGACAGGCUCAAUGUGUGCAUAGCUGGACCUCUGACCUCCCUCGCUCCCAAACACAUGCCAACUGCUCAACCCAAACCCACACCCAUAGCUGGCCUGCCAGGAAGUGCAGUGAGCAGUACCUUUCUCCCAACUCUGCCCCAGCCCUGCUGCCAUCAGGUCUCACCUGCACUAUGGCAUGAGCUUCCUAACUGGUCUGUGGCUUCUGCAUCAUUACAAUCCUCCUGCCUCAGCCUCCCAGAGUGCUGGGA